UUUUUCUUCCUGUUGCUUGUCAUUUACAUGCAGUUCAUGCAAACAACUAGUGUUGGAGGAAUUGUCGAUUCACCAUGUCCUUCUUCAAUAUGCACAUGUCAAGACUUUGAGGCUAUCUGUUCAGGAGAAUAUAUUCCACGUAUGCCAGCAAGGGUUAAACAGAUAACGUUUAUGAACGGGCAAAUAAAAAUACUUUCUGGAAUAACAAUGGCAAACCUCACAAAUAGUAAUGUGACACGUCUGAACUUCACUAACAAUGGGAUUCAGGAGAUGAAAACAGACGCGUUUUUACAUAUGACAACCAUGAUACAAUUAUCUAUUUGCGAAGAAUCAGCCUUGAAUCCGAUUGAUGUUAGGAAUGCUUUGAAAAAUAUAUCUCCAAAUCAGCUACGAAGAAUUAGUUUUACCGACAACGCUUGGAAGGAGGUCCCGAUUGAUAUGUUUGAUUCUCUUCAAAACAGGAAAUCUAAAAUCAUUGCUCUUACAGGCAACAACUUUAAUGUUUUCAAUUUGUCAACAUUUUCAAAUGUAGAAAAAUUGAUUAAGCUAAAUCUCCAACAAAAUCAAAUAAGAACAGUUAUAUUAGGAUAUCUAUCGAAUGUUCAACGACUGGAUCUUGGAUAUAAUGACAUUAGCGACAUUCCUUCUUUUUGCUUUCAUAAUACCAGCAACAGUAAAAUGCCAAAUUUGGCAUUUCUUAGUUUGGCCUUUAACAGUUUAAAGAAUCUACGACCAGUUAGAUGCCUCCCAAGGCUGAAAGAACUUCGCUUGGAACAAAAUUCGUUGAAACGUAUUCAAACAAACACAUUCGCAUAUUUGAAUUCUUUGACAAAAUUAUACCUCAUGGCUGUCGGAGGAAAAAACUUAGAUACUUUAGAGAAAGGAGCUUUCAACAGUACCUCUCUAAGACAUUUGUCCUUACGUGACUGUAAUUUCCAUUUUGAUAAAUUGAAUCUAUCUGCUCUCGCAGAUCUGUUUUCAAACUGCAAAAAUCUCCAACAUUUGGACCUUGCUCAAAAUGAUAUAAAUCCUGGUAGGAUACUUUUAGGACCAAUGCUUUUUCCUUUAGAAAGGCUGAUAUACCUUAAUCUAGAGUUAACUAAGCUAACUUAUUUGCCAAACCAAGUGUUCUCAAAAAUGUCUCUUUUGGAAACCCUAAGCAUUAAUUCAAAUAAGAUAUAUGGUUGGGACGAGGCUAGAAUAUUUGACAAUGUAACUACUCUACAAGAACUUGACGUGAGUAACAACUAUAUCAAAGUUGUAAAUAAAUCAUCCAUUCCACCUCAGCUGUUGUCAAGUUUGCGUAGAAUAAAUCUUGCUACGAACCAGUUUUCUUGUACCUGCCACCAAAUGUGGUUUGUCAAUUGGCUCAGAAGUACCAAAAUUGAUAUUGUCAAUUAUCCAAAAAGAUAUCGUUGUGUGCAACCACCAGCUUUAAACGGUGUGCAACUUAAAGACUAUAAGCCAACUGUUGAGUCAUGUACUCCCUGGAAUCCACUUUUUACCAUAGCAAUUUCAAUGUCAGUCUUCGGAUUUAUCAUUAUUGUAUCAAUAACAGUUUUUGUAAGGUGCUAUACUAAUUUAAAGAAUUAUAUAUAUCUUUUAAAAGUAAGUCGACGACGACGACAGGGUUAUCUUCCAAUAGAUAACAGUGAAGAUUAUGAGUAUCACGCGUUUGUCGUUUACUGCGAUUCUAACCGUUUAUGGGUGCAUAACGAGUUUGUCAAGAAGCUUGAAAACGAGGAAGGAUUUAAACUGUGCAUUCAUCACAGAGAUUUUGCUGUAGGUGAAACGAUAAUUGGAAAUGUAGAUACAUUAUUGAAAAAAUCUUGGAAAGUCGUUGUCAUAAUGUCAAAUGCAUUUGCCAAAAGUGAAUGGUGUCAGUGGGAAGUUGACAUUGUUCAAGAAAGACGACGAAGGCAAGGUCGAGAAGUUCUUCUUUUGAUAAUGCUUGAAAAUAUAAAUUCGAAAAACAUGACCAGUCCCUUGCGUACCUUACUGGACAGUACACCUCACCUUAAAUAUAAGAAAGGUAUGGGUGAAGAAUUGUUUUGGAAAGCUAUAACCGAGGGUCUUCGAAAACCGAUUGGACAACCACCAAUUUCAGUUCUUUGAAGUUUUGAAAUUAAAAUGGACUACUUAUAUUUCGAGAUAAUUGAUGGUUAUAGUAUAUAUUGCAUGUUAUAAUACUAAGGUUUUGAUACCCCUCAGGUAAAAUUGCAACUAGACGGCUUCGCUUGUUCUGGAAAGGCCUUUUAAGUUUUAUGCUCUAAUAUCUAUAUAUAUUUUUGGCUUUCUUAACUAUUAUUUUUAUCAAUUACUUGCAAUUACAAGUUUACAAAUUUAUGAAAUAUCAUUAAUUACCAUGAAUAUUUACUUAAAUAUAAUAGCCCAUGCAAUUUAACGUAGAAAGGUAGACUAGUGUUCAUCGCACAAAGGCAAAUACUACAGGCAUAUCAGGACGAGAAAAUGUUAAAAUAAUAUGAAUAUGAACCCCGCUGCUUUAUACUGUACCAGCAUCAAACGUGAUAGUUCACGGGGAAAACCUGUCAACCUACCCAGACACAUAGCAUCAAACGUGAUAGUUCACGGGGAAAAC